AUGUCUACCACUACCACCUCUACUACGUCCUCCGCCUCUGCGACUUCCACAGUCUGCACCGGAAAUGUCUGGGAGCUCCCAAUCACCGAUGCCGCCUGCGGCUCCAGGAUCACCGGCAACAUGACCACUGUCUUCGAUGACUGUUGCAAGGGUGAUAGCCCCGUGAAAUACGAUGGCGAUUGUGGUGUCUACUGUCUCGCUCAAGAACAGACCGUCAGCGAACUCCUCACCUGCCUUCAUUCCAAGAGCAACGACUACCAGGAUAUCUUCUGCAAUGACAAGCUGAAUGCUACUGCUACCGCCGCUGCCACAAGCACAAAGUCUACCUCAACCUCUACUGGAACCAAGACCAGUACCGGAACCUCCACAAGCACUUCCACCAAAAACGCUGCCGUUGGUGCUCAACCUGUCUCGACAAUGGGACUGGGUGUUCUGGCGAUGCUGUUCUGCUCUGCUGUCAUGGGAGUUGUCGCAUAA